AUGGAUACAGUAGUCAACUUCAAAGCUUUCUGUAACACUGACCCAAAAAUCCUUCGCCGUAUUAUUUUCCCCAAAGUUGGUGAUAUUUCUUAUUCAAAUCUUCAAUCCAAGCUAUCGCAAUUGUUUAAUAUUAAAGACUUUAAAAUUCGUUAUAUUGACGAAGAGGAAGACCUAAUUGCCAUCGAUAAUGAUCUUGAUUUACAUGAAGCUAUUAAACAUGUUGGUGGCUUGACAAAUAAUGAGCGACUUGUUAUUAAAUUGAGUUUAGAAAAACUACCUUCUACAACUUCUACAACAAUCAAUAACGACCAAUCUGAACAAGAUCCACAAGAAGAUUCUGCGCCGCAACAAUCAUCCAUUGAAACUGCGCAAACGCCCAAUAAUCAAGAUCACGAUGAUAGAAAUUCUCGAGACGAAUUUGCCUUUGAGAAUGUUCUUAAUACUAGCAUCAAAAUGGUACAUAACUUUGUUUCUCAACUUAGCUCAGCAAUUGAAAGAGAUUUAUCAAAUUUGAACUUAAGUAUUCCUCGGCAGCUUGGCGAUAGUCCCAGAGAAACGUUAAAUUCGCAAACGCAAACUGAAAAUAAUCAAACACCAUCUAAUCCUGAACAACAAUCUUCUUCAGAACCCAUGGAACAUCCUGGAGUAAUCUGUGAUAAUUGCCAUAAAAGAGUUCGUGGAAUGAGAUGGAAAUGUAUAACAUGUCCAAACUAUGAUCUUUGCCAAGUGUGCAAAACGAAUAAACCUAAUGUUCAUAGUCAUGAAUUCCGUCCCAUUCCUUAUCCUAUCAAUUCUAGUAAUAAUUCUCGUACCGGAUUAAGAGCUGUAAAAAAUAUGCAUUCAGCAACUUGCGAUUAUUGUGAAUCAGUAAUCAUUGCAUUUUCUUCUACACAACAUCCAAAUCAUACAUUUGUUCCAAUUCACCGUCCUGGUGAUCCAGAUAUUAAGAUACCUGCGUCACCCAAUAAUAAACAUGAUCCCAAUCAUGUUUUUAUCAAAUUUAAGAGACCUGUUCCUUCACCGAUCUCUUCUACCAGACCUUUACUUCAAAAUUUCUAUUCUCGCCCUGAACCUAAAAAUUAUCAAAAAGAAAAUAGACAACCAAAGUCACAAAAGCCACUUAAUAAAGAAAACACCACGGAACCUUCUCCCAGAAAAUCUAGUUGUUUUAUCCCUAUUGUGAGACCAACUACUGGUGUUGAACAAUCAAUCGAUCCUAAUUUCAGUAGUGCACCUAUUAACCUUUAUGGGCCACCUAGAACAUCAACUGUUUCAUUAAAUUCAUUAAAUUCGUCAAGUUCUUCCGUUACCCGGGUCGAAGAGCCUCAAACUCCUGCCACUAAUACUAUAAACUCCACAGAUGUUCCUCUCAUCCCCAUAAAAGUUCAAGCUUCACCAAUCAUUACCGCUCCUAUUCCCAAAGAAGUUUCGCCUCCACCAGUCACUACUGCUACAACUGUUUCUUCCAUUCCCAAAGAAGUUCCAUCUUCACAAGCUAGUACUAAUUCUUCCAUCCUCAUAGAAACUUUUCCUUCUGAAGUUAAACAAAAACCAAUUAUUGAACCAGCCUUAAACGCUCGGUUCGUUGAUGAUAUAAAUAUUCCUGAUGGUACCGUUCUUGAACCUCUAACCCAAUUCCAUAAAAUCUGGAAAAUGGUAAACAACGGUGAUAUUAAUUGGCCAGAAGAUACCAUUUUAGUACACGUUGGUGGACCACGAAUGGUUAAGGAAGGAAUACUUGGCAGAAAAGAUAUUGAAUUUCAAGUUGGUCCCGUUGCAGUUGGCGAAACUAUUAACAUCACAGCCGAUUUGCAAGCUCCUUUAGAACCUGGCAAACAUGUUUCAUAUUGGUGUUUGGACGAUGGCAAUGGAAAUAAAUUCGGUCAUCGUGUCUGGUGUGAUAUAACCGUUGAAGCCGAAGAUUCAACUACUGCCAACAUGUCUGCUUCUUCUAUGAUCUUCCCUGUGAUGAAUUUUGAUCAUAAAUCAGUAUCUGCACAAUCUGAAAAAUCAACUGAUAUAGAUGAUAAUUCCGUUAUCUCGGGACAAUAUGAUUCCGAUGAAGAAUCUGAUGCUAUGUCUACUACUUCAAGUGAAGAUUCCGCACAGGAUUUCAUAGUUGUUGAGAAAGAUUCAGAUGAUGAAACGGAUCUUCGUCAAUCUCAACAUUCAUUAAUGGGUGGUCGUAAUGUUCUUAAAUAUUGA